CAGCGGCGGUCUCAUGCAGCUCCUAUGAGGCCCCUGUCGCCGGUCGGCGAUGUCCGGCUGGACUUGUCACCGCCGCCGCUGCCGGCUGUGAGCGGGUCUCCGGUUGGGUCCUCCGGGCGUCUCAUGGCCGCUAGCAGCUCCCUGGUGCCUGACCGGCUGCGUCUGCCGCUCUGCUUCCUCGGUGUCUUUGUCUGCUAUUUCUACUAUGGGAUCCUGCAGGAAAAGAUAACAAGAGGAAAGUAUGGGGAGGGAGCCAAGCAGGAGACCUUCACUUUUGCCUUAACUUUGGUCUUCAUCCAGUGUGUGGUCAAUGCUGUGUUUGCCAAGAUCUUGAUCCAGGUUUUCGACACUGCCAGGGUGGACCGUACUCGGAGCUGGCUCUACGCUGCGUGUUCUGUCUCCUAUCUGGGUGCUAUGGUCUCCAGCAACUCAGCACUACAGUUCGUCAACUACCCAACGCAGGUGAAACCUCAGGGUGGGGUGAGGGCUGGCUCAGAAGUUCAAAAGGAUGAAAGAGUCUUCCUUCAGGUCCUUGGUAAAUCCUGCAAGCCCAUCCCAGUCAUGCUCCUUGGAGUGACCCUCUUGAAGAAGAAGUACCCAAUGGCCAAGUACCUGUGUGUGUUGCUAAUUGUGGCUGGAGUGGCCCUUUUCAUGUACAAACCCAAAAAAGUAGUCGGGAUAGAAGAACACACAAUUGGCUAUGGAGAGCUGCUCCUGCUCUUGUCUCUAACCCUGGAUGGACUGACUGGUGUUUCCCAGGACCACAUGCGAGCUCACUACCAAACAGGCUCCAACCACAUGAUGCUGAACAUCAACCUUUGGUCGACACUGCUGCUGGGAGCUGGAAUCCUGUUCACCGGGGAGCUCUGGGAGUUUUUGAGCUUUGCCGAAAGGUACCCUACCAUCAUCUAUAACAUCCUCCUCUUUGGCCUGACUAGUGCCCUGGGCCAGAGCUUCAUCUUCAUGACAGUUGUGUAUUUUGGUCCCCUGACCUGCUCCAUCAUCACCACAACUCGAAAGUUCUUCACCAUUUUGGCCUCUGUGAUCCUCUUCGCCAACCCCAUCAGCCCCAUGCAGUGGGUGGGCACCGUGCUGGUGUUCUUGGGUCUUGGUCUUGAUGCCAAGUUUGGGAAGGGAGCCAAGAAGACAUCCCACUAGGAAGAGAGAGACUACCUCCACUCCAAGAAUAUUUAAGUUAUUUUCUCCAACAGUGACAUCUCUUGGGAAAAUGGACAUAAUAGAGAUAAAGGACUAGGUUUCAGUCUG